AGUCGACGCCCAGGCCACCACCUCCUGAGCAGGCCGGAGGUUCGUCGUGGCACCAGCCGCAGUUUUCUUUUGACUAUUGGCACCAGCAGCAGCCCUCUUUUGAGGCUGGAGGUUCGGCGUGGCAGCAGUAGCCCCCCUCUUUUCAUGCUGGAGGUUCGGCGUGGCAGCACCAGCAGAGUCCCAGGAUGAACUUCGAGUUUCGUCCACAGACCCAGCCACAGGGAGCCUACGGGCAUCAGUCGUCGUUGUCCGAACCCUCGUGGGGUAGUGAGCAGGAUCACGCUCAAGGAGAGGACUAUUCUGCCAAACACAGCUGGACGUUCAGUACUCCGCCACCAGACUCCACACAGGAGGAUACACAGUAUCGUGAGGAUGGGUCCGUGAUUCCUCCGCGCAACGUUCUGCCACCUCAUAGAUAUCUUCAUCGGACGAUGAUGUACUCUUCCCCUUGGACGAUGACGUGCUCUUUCGCUUCGACGGUGCAGUACUCUUCCCCUUGGAAGAUGAAGAACUCUUACCCGUUUUGCUUGGCAUGAAGAUAUCUUCAUCGGAUUUCUCCUCUUCAACCCAUAACAAUGGAUGUUUUCUAGCCCAUUGUAGGUAU